AAUUAAAAGCUGGUCUAUGAAAAUUCAAGGUGUUCCAUUUUUUUGACCGAUUAUUUAUUUGGUCUUAUUAGGUUAGGUUAUAUGGAAGUUACUUUGUUGUUAAUCAGUUAAAGUCAGAUAAUCACAAUCCAAUUAUCCACAUUAAUAUCCCAAGCAUUAUUUGCGGGGUAAUGAGAAGAUGGAUUACUUUAGCAACGCCUACUUUCUGUUGAUAGGAUUUGUACUCUUAUCUUCCACAGUUGUUAUGCCAUAUAGUGUGUCCUUAAGUUUAUUAGCAAUAUGCUUUUCUGUACUCUAUUACUUUAAAGAAAAAAAGUCGACGAUAAAGGAUAAAGUGGUCAUUAUUACCGGAUGCGAUAGUGGAUUUGGCAAUCAACUCGCAAGGCUUUUGGAUUCGAAAGGAGCUAUAGUUUUUGCCGGUUGCCUUGAUGAGAAAUCAAAGGGUGCCUUAGACCUGAAAAUGCAUUGCACCGAAAAUUUAAGAGUAGUAAAGUUAAAUAUAACCCUUGAUGAAGAUGUGAUCAAUCUGUGUAAGAUAAUAGAGAGUUUCUUAAUCAAAUCUUCAAAGGAGUUAUGGGCAUUAGUAAAUAAUGCUGGAUUAAACUUCUUGGGCGAAGUUGAAUGGACACCACUUCAGCUAUUUGAGAAAGUCUUAAAUGUUAACAUGUAUGGCACAAUUAGGAUGUCGAAGGCUUUCCUUCCUUUUUUGAGGAAAUCUCAGGGUCGUCUUAUAAACGUUACCAGUGUAAAAGGACGACUAUCGUAUCCUGCAAAUGGUCCCUACACAAUGAGUAAACAUGCUAUAACUACUUUUACGGAUCAGCUCAGAAUGGAAUUAAAGCCAUUUAACGUAAAAGUAAUAUUAGCAGAGCCGGGGAACUUUGGAGGGUCAACAGGAAUGUUACUUAAUAAUGAAAGAGAAAGAGAAUUGGAAAUAAUGUGGGAAUCGUCUUCAGACGAUGUUAAAGAGACCUACGGCAAAGAAUAUAUAUUUCACUAUUUGAAAGCUAUAAAAAAUAGUAUACCUACAGCAAAUAAAGAUUUAAAUUUAGUAUCUAUGGACAUUUUAAAAGCUUUAACAGCUGUUCAUCCAUAUGUUAGAUAUACUACAGGAGGCAGUUGUUUCUUUUACGAUUAUGAUAAAUUACUCAUGAAUGUGUCUCCAUAUUUGCCGACAGUUUUAAUAGAUUAUCUCAUGACGAAAUAUUGCUAUGCAGGCUUCCCGAAUCCAAUUAAGGCAUUGAAAAUACGUUAAAAUUCAACCGCUUCUAGCAUUAGUACCUUACUUUCUAUAAUGUCUUUUAGCCAUUUUUCUCUAAAUUUCGACUUUCCGGGCCUAAUUGAGUAUAAAAAGAGUUUGUCAUAAAUAAUUAAUCUUUCAGCUCCUUCAUUACCUGUGUACGAGUCUUUGAGUUUCAAAGACGUAAAAGACAUCAACUGGAUAUCCCUAAACGAAAAGAAGUAGUAAUAUUGUAAAUUAAUGCAUUGGAAUAUUUUAAUAAAUUAAACAAACUUCGGGUUU